UAUAAAUGGAUAUAUUUGAUUAAUAAAUAAGAAUAAUGAUAGAAAAUAGUCAAUAUGAAUUAAAGUGGCAUAAAAAUGAUGAUAUAACAAAUAUUAAUCAUGUAGCCGAAUACAUUUUAAAAGAAAUUUUAGCCCAUUAUUAAACUGAUAAAAUAAUACUAAAAGUUAACAAAAAAAAAUGAUAUAAAUAUAUUUAUGUAAAUAAUAGGAUGGCGAAUAAUAAGAAUUUUUAGUCAAAGAUAUAAUAAAUUUUAAUAUGACAGAAAUAUUUGCUUAUUUACCUCACAAAAAAGAAAUAAAAACAUUCUCACAUAAUGUAAAAAUAUAAAUAUAUAAAAAAAUUAAUAAAAAAAGAAGAUAUAAGAACAUGAAAAUAGACAUAUAUUUUAAUAUUGUAAUCCUAAUAAGAUUGAUGUUUAGAUUCUAAAAUAAGGUUUUCAAUAGGAUUAUUAUACAUUAAAUAUGAUUUAAAUAGAAAAGUAAAAAUAAAUAUAUCAAAAAUUAAUUAUUUUUUCUUUGAAAGUAUAGAUAAUCAUAAGCAUAUAAACAUUUUACAAACAUAUAACCAAUAGAAGUUAAUUUACCAAAAAUAUAAGUACAAAAUGAUAAUGGUUAGAAAAUCGAUGAAUCUCCGAAAUUUGGUCAAUGUUCUCCGAAAUUUGGGCAAUAAUAACAAUAAUAACCAUAAAAUAUUGAAAAAAGGGAAAAAGUAGCUACAUUUGGAAGUCAAUAAGAUUACAUUAAAUUAAAUUAAUAGAAUAAUAAUGAAAUUAUAGGCUA